AGAGCCAGUCAUGCGCGGAUCGUGAUCGUGACCAGUUGUAUAUUGCUUUUUCGAUAUGGCCACCGUAAGGUUUCAUCGAAACCAACGCUGAAAAAAACUGUUCUCAGAAUCGGCUAACAAUCGUCGUAGUCCAGCAAAUCGAAAAAACCGCGGAAUUAUUUCCUAUCCAACCUGGGCCAGAAGCAUGCAAAACUUCGAUGAUCUCGACAUCGAGGGUCGUACUCCCUCGCACUUGCCAGAGGCUGACAAAGAGAAGGAAGAUUACGAUCGGAAGCGUUUAAUGCGGAGCAGCGUGACCGCAGAGGAUGGAACCCUGCGACCGGUUUACUCGGAAACCGAGGACGGCGACAUUUGGUGUCACAUCUGUAACAUAGCGUUGUUCGGCGCGCACAAGCUGAUGAAUCACAACAUGUGCAACAGGCAUAAGAUGAAGUUGAACGAGUGGCCGUACCCGGUUCUGCUGUGGUCGAAACGGUCGGAUAUCGCGAAGGCGGUUGCCCCGGUGCAAUCGACCGCUAUUAGCGACGGCCUGGCGCCCGGCGAGCCGGUACCGCCAGGCAUGGAGGACCAAAUCACGCGGACUACCACGAUUCAGAUGAGCCUUGAUCGGCACAGGAGCUCGCCGUUAGUCGGCCUCGAGUAUUUGCUCGAGUUGGUCGACAACGAUUCCUGCGAGCCAAGUUACACGUGCGUUUUGUGCGACAAACGCGGCGACCCACGCACCGUGAUGGCGCACAUUACCAGUUACAAUCACAGGAUCACGUACCUGAACAGACAUUUCCCGACGAUAUCGCGUGCGAUCAUGGAACUGCCGCGUACUCCGAAUUACAAACGCGGGGCGAACGAGAUUUCUGUGUUAGUGGCUAAGAAGAUCGAAGAACGAUUCGGCAGGCUGCAGCCGCAGCUAGUCGACAAGAAUCAAUUCGAGAAAAACAGGAUACAGUAUAUCAAAAGGGUCUAUCAGGACUAUCACUUUAGGGAAACGCCUGAGUUAACGUUUAUGGACGUUUACGAUGUUCGAUGGGUGACGAACUUCGACGAGAAGAUGGCCGAAAUGAAUGAUAGUAGUUCUAAGAAAGAUUUACCACCUAUCGACGAGAAACUGGUGGACGAUAAGCGUAAUAAAAGUGACGAUAAAAAAAGUGAUAAACCACCGAAGAAGGAAACAAAAUUAGAAACUACCAAAUCGGGGUUCAAGAUACGCAUUCUAACUAGGGACAAACUAAGUAUUCGUAAGCCCUUAGAGUGCAAAGACGAGGAUAUUCCGCCAAUAAAAAAAUCGCCUAAACGUCCUUCGGAUGAAACCAAGUCCCUCUCCUCCUUAUCCUCGAUAUCUAGCAGUCCCUCGCCGUCGCGUUCCAGGUCCAGAUCACCCAUGCGCAGUCGUAAUGCCAUUACAUUAGGCAAACCUAACAGAUAUCGUAGCAAGUCUCGAUAUUCGAGGGAGAGGACUCAUUCGCGGACCCGUUCCCAAUCGCGUUCGCGUUCACGGACGCCGGAACCGUUGCGCGAGAGAGAUAAGUGGGAUAAGUACCGUGAACAGAUCAGAAGAGCCGAGGAAACGUUGGACAGAUCUUUGAAGUUCCACGAGAAAAAUCCUGAGAAGCAUCCGUCCUAUCCAGACGAGUGGAAGAAGUUUUGGAAUCGACGUUACAAGGAACUGCAGGCCGAGGGCAAAGAUCCUAGUAAACACGAUUUCAAACCCGAGUGGAUCGAGUUCUGGAACAAGCGAAUGCGAGAGAUUCACAAUGAACAGCUGCAGCAGCGGAAAGAGGAGAUUCGAAAAAGGUUGGAACUUCCAGAAGACAAACCGCCUGAGAAAUGGAUAAGAAGGGAUAGAAGCCCUCCGAAAAGGAGGCACCGAGUAGAAAGCGAUGACGAAGUGGAAUACGUUGGGACAAAGACUAUAAAAACUGAUUACUAUGAUCGUCACGAAGUCAGGGAACGCGAUUAUGGGUAUCCUUAUGUGAGAGGUCGGGGUAAUAUGAAUUACAGAACGAAUUACUACCCGCGUGGACUUCCACCCAGAACCCGGCAAAUUCAUUACGCGACUCCUUAUCCGGUGAAAGAUAAGUCGCCCAGUCCAGUUCCUGAAGAAGUUUUAACAGAAAAUUUAGAAGUCGUCGGUCUCUUGCGACUGUUAACAGCUUUGGAAGGUCAGCUGGGCUCUCUGGGACCCAAGAUAGUCUCGCUAUUGUCGAAAGCGUUGGCGGCUGAGAAAGCAAGGCCGAAUUCAGCCGAGGAACUUCUAUACGACGAGGAAGUGAGCGUUCUGUUUGAAACUGUUAAGGAGAAACUGAAGGGCCAACUGUUCGCUGGGAUGAUAGAGAAAAUGGCGAUCAAUCCGACGAAAUCGGCCAUUCAGAACAUCGCUCAAUUACUUCACAAGACUGCGGAGAGUAAAAGGAAAAAGGAGGAGGAAGAGAAAAAAAAGAAAGAAUUGGAGGCCGCUAAGUCAGUCAGUUACGUUCCCAGGCCGCUUUAUUCUAGGCCGAUAGAAGUCGCCGCUCCUGUUAUAAAAUCCGAGCCUGUUAGCGUACCGGGGGUUGGCACUGUGGACAAAGUAGCGAUAGCGCAACAGAUAGCAGCUGCUUUGAUAGCACAAGGCAGGACGAACGUGUCGCAAGAAGAGUUAGAGACUCUGAUUAACGCAGUUGUUGGCAUGGCGGAAGCUUCAAAGAAUUCUGACAAGCCAGUGACCACGGCCGAUUUCGUCAAGGGACUAUCAUCCGGCGGUGGUAGUUCACUGCCACAGGCGACUCCCGCUCCGAUCGUCCCUACUACUGCUGACGUGAUCGAGAGACCAACAUCCAGAAUGGAAAGUCUAUCCGACACCGACUUAAAAUCACUUCUACAAAAUUUCAAAGAUCUGAGCAGUCAAGAACAGCACGGACUUAUCAAUUUUUUGAAAAAAUUGGAAGCUACCGACCCGGUCCGAGUUGAAAAACUAAGGGCGUUCGUUAAUUUAGGUACGAGUACUGCACUCUCAUCCAAAGUGAAAUUAGAAGAAUCGGAGAAAGGUGAAGGUGUGUCUUCGAAGACUAGAAGCAUGUCUCCGUUUUCAGGCAGAAAGGAGCAUGACAAAUGGAAGAAGGAUGAAGAUAAAUGGAAACCGAAGAUAGAUAUGUUCGCAAACGAUGACGAGGAAGAGGAACAGCAGACGAAAAAUGAUAAUGACGAUAAACAGAAAACGAAAUUAGACUUGUCUGACGACGAUGACGAUUACUCGUUCGAAGAUAUAUACAAGGCAGCUGAUAAAAACGUAAGCGAGAAUGAGAAGAAAAAGAAAUCUCGGUUUUCUAAAUCCGCCUCGAAUUCCCCUCGGUCUUGGACCAGGUCGCGAUCCAGAUCCGUCUCACCUGUAAGGUCGAAAGAGACGAAAAGCCAAGAUCCUAACGCAAUUCUGAACGAAACUAAGAGAUUGAUAGCGAACAUCAUGGGAGAUCUGCCGAAUAAAUAUGUUCCCAAAUCUCAUUUACCUGUAGAAAAUCAACCAGAGCAAACUGUCAGUAAUGAUUCGAUGAGUAACAGUUCUACAGCAGCGGUGCCAGGCUUCUGUAAUCAAGAUUACAGUCAAAAUAGUCAGCAUUAUCCUCCUGCACGCCCUCAGGGAAGUUUGACUUACCCGAAUAUGAACCCACAGAAUUUUAACUAUAAUCAGCAAGUUUAUGGUAGCAAUUCGGGUUACGUGGAUAAUACCUAUAAUUAUCAGGGUUAUGGGAAUAUGGGGAGUCAAUACGGUGGGCCAUCCAUGACGAAUCAGUAUCAGAAUUAUGACGCAAAUAAUUACGGCGGGCAUUCAUCGAAUUAUCAGCCGCAACAACAACAGUACGGGAAUUACAUGCCACAGCAACAGCAACAACGGUUUUAUUAAAGAUUUCAUUCAGAUUUUCAGUUCAUUUCAGGACGAAGGGUUUUUAUUAAUACAUUUGUAUUUACAUUAAAAAUUGCCAUUAAGAACUUUCCGUCAUUCAAAUUAUCAGGAUUUUUAUUAGUUGUUAAUUAUUAGUUGAUAAAUGCUGAUAAAAGAAUGAUUGAUGUCAUGACUUUGUAUUAUAACUUAUAUGGUCGAUGUAAAUACAUUUUAAAAUCCAUUUACUAUAGAAAUGAUAAUGAUAACAAUAGUUUUUAAUAUCAGGAUUCUGUUCUGCUCAAUUUUUCAAUCGGAUAAACAAGAAUAAGAGAAUUUGCAGAAAUAAAUGCUUGGUUCAUUCUUUAUGGAAUUUUCCCGAAUUUUAUUCCUUCGUUUUUUUACAUGCUUAUUAAGUGAAAAAAAUGAUGAAUCAAACUCGCGGAACAAAGUUUUCUUAGAAGUGUUCGUUUGUUAAAAUGGUGGAGUGAAUGUGAAUUAGAUUAAAGAAAGUAUCAAAAAGAAAAGUAGAAAAACCGGUAAGGCGAAAGUAAGUAAUGACAAGAAAGAAAAAUUCUUGUUUUAAGUUUUUUAAAGUAAAUAUCCGAUUGUUGAAAUGAAGAACGUGAGUAUGUAUAAUUGAAGAAUUUCAGAUAUGUGCGUGUGUUAUCCGUAACGAAAAAUGCGUUACGAAGAGAAAAAUCGCAAGUAAACUAUUGUUUAUUUUUACAAUUUUAAACAAUUCUAACGUUUGAACGAAUAUACAGAAGCGAGCAUGCUGUGUAAUUUCUCCAUAUAUAUAACUAUAAGAUAUAUUAUAAAAGAACAGUAAUAUAAACUAAAACUAAAUAAACAUUUUCAUUUGUAAAUAAUUUGAAACGUGUAUCUGUUCUUUUACCUUUGUAAGAAAUUUAGAAAUAAUUGUAGUAUUAAUAAGAUUGUCAAGGAAUACGUAAGCAAUAGAAUUAGUAUUAUAUUAUAGGAAAAGAAAAAUUGUAUUACGGAAUUUAGUUUAAUUGUACAUAAAAAAAAGAAAGUGG